CACAAUCAGACCAUAUGAUUUUUUUAAUAUUGAACAUACAUGCUCCAUAAAUAUCCAAUCAACCAAUCAAUCAAUUUAAAAUAAUCAUAUAAUAAGAAAAAUAAUUAUAAACAAUAAUAUUAAUAAUAAUAAUAAUAAUUAAAUAAAUAAAUAAUAAUGAGCAAAGCAUUUUAUGGUGGUGGUCUAUAUGAUGAUAUACACGAGGAUGAACAAAAAGAUGAUAAUAUAUCAACAAAAUUAAAUACUCAAGAAAAUAAAAAUAGUAAUAGUAAUAGUAAAAAUAAUGGUGGCGAUAAUAGCGGAGUCGUCAAAGUAAAUAAUAAAAGUGAUGGUGUUACUCUGACCCCUUCAAGCGGUGUUAGAAUACCACCCAAGCUAUUACAAGCACAGGCAUUAAGAAAUAAAUCUCAAAAAAAAGCAACAACGACAACCAAUAAAUCAUCAAAUAUAACAGUAUCCCCAUCAAAUACACCAACACAUUCAACUACAUCAACUAUAACACCCUCAACUAAUAUUAAUAGUAGUAAUAGUAAGAGUGGUAGUAGCAGCAAUAAUAAUAAUAGUGAUAUUGAUCAACAAAGAUAUGAGCAGGAAUUAAUAUUACAACAACAAUCUAGUACAGCAUUUAAUACAGCGACAGAAUUAUUAAGUGAUUAUCAAGAUGAAGAUAAAAUAAUUAAUGAAUAUGAUCCUUUCCACCCAAAUGAUUAUGAAAAAGUUUUAAAAGAAAGAGAAAAAUUAGAAAGAGAUAGACAGACCAAAGAGGAACAAAGAUUACAAUAUCAAAAAGAAUUACAACAGCAACAUUCAUCAUCAUCAUCAUCGUCAUCAACAUCUCAACAACAACAGCAAUCUUCUUUAUCAGUCAAUUCAGAGCAAUUUUCAAAAACUCCAACAAAGAUUUUACUUUUAUUGAAUAUUGCAACCAAAAAAGAGGUUGUUCCAAGUUUAGAAGAAGAAAUGAUGGAGGAAUGUAAAAAGUUUGGUAAAGUUAAUAGUGUAGUAAUUUACCCAGUUCUUAGUGCAAGUGUUCCAUCGUCUGAGGAGGUUAGAAUAUUCAUUUAUUUUGAUACUCCAGAUUCAUGUAAAGCCGCAUAUACCAAAUUAAAUAAUAGAUAUUUUGCAGAAAGAAGAGUUUCCGCUUACUAUUAUAAAGAAAUGUUAUUUUUUAGAAAUAAAUUAGAACCUUUUGCUUAAUAAUAAUAAUGUUAAUAAAAUGUAAAUAAUAACAAC